AAAUACACCACCUGAGGCGAUAUAAGACACCUUCUCGUUAUGAAUAUUAUCAGUAAUAUUCCGAUCUGUUGUUGGUACAACAAGUGAAAAAUGAAUUGUGUCGCGAUAAGUUUUGUGCUGGCUGUAGCCAUUGUAGCCGUUUAUGUCAGUGCCGCUCCAAAACUCUCAACUCGCCCCCCACCUCCUGAAGUUAAACUGAGCUAUGACGAUAUAAUGAAAGCAAAAUUCACUAAUAAAGAAUAUUUUGAUCAAUUUCAUAACAAGUUGAAGACUUUUGCUUCAGAUAGAAAAACCAAGGAUGCCUUUGCUAAAACCAUAUUCAAUCGUCCGUCUCUGAAAGCUCUUGGAUCUGCGAGCAAUGAAUUCAAAAGCCUAUGUGGUGCUAUAUAUAAAAAAAAAAAAGAACAGCAACCUCAAAAACAACCAGAUCAAGUACUAGCAUACGAAACUUUAGUAGAGGCUACGAAAGAAAUCUAUGCCACAUAUAGGAAGAGACUAAUAGGAGAGGAUAACAAUCUCGCAAAAUCGAUGUUAAGGGAUUUAUUCAAAACAGACCCCAUUAAAUGCGUUUGCCUUCUUGCUACAAAACGCGAUGGAGUGGAAGAUGCUAUUGAAGAAAUUAUGGGACCAUUCGAAGUGAGCCGUGAAGAAGCAGCACUACGUCAUUUUAUCAUAGAACAAGAGGACGGUCAAACAUCUAAUGAUUGUUUUCAAUUCAUGCGAGCACUUAUAAAGUGAUGACUGUACUCUCUUGAUUGAAUACGCAAGUCGUAAACAAUUCUGAAAUAUCUGAUGCGAUAUCUAUGUAUAAAUUGUAUUCGCGUCAAAUAAAUAAAGUUGACUUAAAUAUCAUAAACAAA